AUGGCUGACGAGUCCAGAAUCGUUGGCAGACAACCUCACAAGUGCGAGGCUCUGGCUGAAGGGCGUACGAAGUAUCAAGCAAAAGUGAUUGGAUGCGUACUUGAAGGUAUUCACCGACACGCAUGUACGAUAUCAGGACAAAAACGAUGGGACAUUAUAUGUGCUAGCAUCGACUUUUCCUCGACUUGGGUCGUGAUAUUCUGA